CCAUAUGAUGCCUUCCUUCCACCAUGUCAAGUUCGUCUUCUUCAGCUUUGGGAUCGGAUUGGGAUACCGCACAAGUCCAAGAAGCAGGUGUACAGUCACUCCUUGAGAAUCAUCAGUUUUCAGGUCGACAUCGACACAAUGACUGUCUCCAUCCCUCUGGACUCUCGCAAAGCUCACGUUGCAUAUAUUUGGGAGUUAAUUGCUCAGCAACGACAGCUAUUGGUUGAGUGGCAGCAUCUUCUAGACUGGUGCAGUUGGGCUCUCAACAUUGCUCCUCUCCUCCAACCCGCCCUUCAGUCUUCAUAUGCGAAAACUUGGGGGAAGCAUGUUCGGAAUGCACCCAUCAUGUUCCUCAACAACAAAAUUCGGCACAACCUAUCUUUUUUUGCGGAUACUCUGGAGGCUUAG